GUGCGAGUGUCCAGACGGUUCAGGACUUCCAGCUGAAGCAGCCCCAGGACAAGGUGGUGGUGACAGCGGGACAGAACCUCACCCUGAACUGCACCACAUCUGGAAACAGUUCCAUCCCCGGCCCCGUGAAGUGGCUGAAGGGCUGGGGCACUGGGAACGAGACCAUCUAUGACCAGACGGGCGUCUUCCCCCGCGUGACGAGGGCACUGAUUGGGUCUGACACGGACUUCACCAUUUGCAUCAGGGAUGUUCAACCCGAGGAUGCUGGCACCUAUUACUGCGUGAAGUUCCGCAGAUCUCUGGAUGGUGAUGAGGUGUUUCUGCAUGGAAAGGGCACGGUGGUGUCCCUGCAGGGAUCAGCCCUGGUUCCCAGCAUCGUGGCUGUAGCUGUAGUGCUCUUCCUCCUCCUCCUCGGCCUCUUCAUUGCUCUUUGCGUGUACAGGAGGAAGCACAGAGCCAAGGCGGAGAGCCAGUGCCUAGCUGGUCCGGCAGCCAUGGGCAGCUUCUCACCCAUCCCUCUGCUGUGCUGUGCAGGGACCACCAGCACCCCUAGCAGCAAAGUCCUGGAUGCAGAGACCUCACAUCUACCCAGCCAGCAAAGCAGCAAGGAGGACGAUAACAUCCACUACGCCGAUCUCCAGCCCCUGCCUGCAGCCCCACAGCAUGGCAGGAGCCCCGGUGCAGCCUGCUCCGAGUACGCCAGUGUCAUGGUAGCUGCCAAGUGA